CUGCAACUGCCACUGCCACACUCCUUCCACUUUCACUGCGACUCCCACCUCCCACCUCCCCGUCGUCCUCACUCCUUCGACGUCACCCUCCAAACCCCUCCGUCUCAUCCACCUCUACACCUACGCAUUUUUGGUGUUGGCACUGUCUUCUACUUGUCUUUUUCUCUUGAUUUCUCCGUGUCUUCUUGCUUGUCACCACCCGGCUUUGGCGGCCAAUUUUCAAAGCCAUGUCCGCUCCACAACCAAACGAAGCCGAGAAGAACAUCGAGAUAUGGAAGGUCAAAAAACUCAUCAAACGUCUCGAGGCUGCUCGGGGCAAUGGAACCUCCAUGAUUUCACUCAUUAUUCCGCCUAAGGACCAGGUUUCUCGUGCGGCCAAAAUGUUGGCAGAAGAAUUCGGUACUGCUUCCAACAUCAAGUCUCGAGUCAACCGUCUGUCGGUCCUCUCCGCCAUCACUUCCACCCAGCAACGUCUCAAGUUGUACAACAAAGUUCCUCCUAAUGGCCUCGUCGUCUACUGCGGUGAAAUCAUUACCUCGGAAGGAAAAGAACGGAAGAUCAAUAUCGACUUUGAGCCCUUCAAGCCUAUCAAUACCUCUUUGUACCUUUGUGACAAUAAAUUUCACACCGAAGCCCUCAGCGAGCUCCUCGAGUCGGAUCAAAAGUUUGGCUUCAUCAUCAUGGAUGGUAAUGGUGCCUUGUUCGGUACCCUGAGCGGGAACACCAGAGAAGUCGUCCACAAAUUUUCCGUCGAUCUUCCCAAGAAGCAUGGUCGUGGUGGUCAGUCGGCUCUUCGUUUUGCUCGUUUGAGAGAAGAAAAGCGUCACAAUUAUGUUCGAAAGGUGGCUGAACUUGCCGUUCAAAAUUUCAUCACCAACGACAAGGUUAACGUGGCUGGCAUCAUCCUGGCGGGUUCUGCCGACUUCAAAAAUGAUUUGAACCAGUCCGACAUGUUUGACAACCGUUUGCAGUCAAAGGUCAUCAAAGUCGUCGACGUUUCUUAUGGUGGUGAAAACGGCUUCAACCAGGCCAUUGAUCUUUCUGCCGAGACCCUCAGCAACGUCAAAUUCAUACAAGAGAAAAAACUGAUUGGCAAAUAUUUCGAAGAAAUUUCCCAGGACAGUGGCCGAGUCUGUUAUGGUGUUGAUGAUACUCUCAAGGCUCUGGAGCUUGGUGCAGCCGAAAUCCUCAUUGUUUAUGAAAACCUUGACAUCACUAGAUGGGUUCUCAAAGCCUCUGACGGCUCCGAAAAGGUCCUACACACCACCAAAGCCCAAGAAGCCGAUCGGGAGCAGUUCAUGGACAAGGAGACAGGCCAAGAGAUGGAAGUUGUUGAUCAAAGCUCUUUCCUUGAAUGGUUGGCUGAAAAGUACAAGGAUUUCGGCGCCACCUUGGAAUUUGUGUCCGACCGUUCCAGUGAAGGCAACCAGUUCGUCAAGGGAUUCGGUGGCAUUGGUGCUAUUUUGCGAUACAAAGUCAACUUUGAACAGUUGGCUGACGUUGACUCCGAGGAUGAGUUCUACGACGAUUGACAAUUCGAUCACCUCGCAGAUCAGCGCGAGGGCCAGUCAUCGAUCUUGAACAAAGCGGAUACGCUCACGCCAUCCAUCGAUGCGACCACCACGAUCUCCCCCCUCGCGCGACUCGAGCGUUCAAAUGAGGUACCAUCCUCCUUUGAACCCAGUACAACCACACCGCGAGCGAGCACAAGCUUGCCGCGUUUGAAUCAAUUCCGGAAACCCGACGUGGGACACGCGUACAAUGACCGCUCUCAACGCGCUGUGACCCCACCAGCGAGGCAAGAACUCGACCUUCGCCAUGGCCGAAGCAAUUUACGCCACGUAGCGAUGGUUUGAAAUGGGCCGGCGUUCAGAUUCAUUGUUUCGAGUGCAAUCGCAUUCAUCAAAGCCCAACAAAACAAGGAUCUGAUAUAAGUCCAACGAGGUGCAUUAUCCACGUCAGAAGAUUGACGCCCGAUGGACAUGUCAUGAAGCUGGCAGCUUCACACGCGGAAUGUGUUCACCGCCAAAACCCCGCCACUGGCAUGCUACGAGAACGAGGUAGAUGCCCAACGUGUUUAGGUCAUUGAGCUUGUCAUUCGCUCAUUCGUCAAGCUCAAGCAUUGCUUUGUCAAAAUUGAAUGGAGAGACGCAGAUCUGCAAUAGGGCUCGGACGUUCACAAACUGAUCCUUGAUACUAGGACACUUGGGUAUCCUGGGUCGACAAGUCGCAUCCCGUCUGGUCUUGGGAGCUCUCAUGCUGGAGAGACUAUCUCCUGCUCAGCCCAAUUCCCGUUGAUUUAUAUGCACAUUCGUCCCUAGGAUGCAGUCUUAGCGUCGCUCUGCCAACAACGAUAGUCAAUCGCUUCACAUCUGUUCCACACAUGGAUCCCAAUCCGAGGCUCCACGACCAUUUUUGUUUCUAGCGUGAACUUUCUAUAUCCUUGUUAAAGGCCAGUCCUUUGCUGAUAUAUGCUUAGUCUUGUAAUUGAUCGACAAAUCGGCCGACAUAUUUCAAACUCUCAGUAUAUAGGCGCAAGUCGUACAGGAUCCUGCGUAGAUUGUCGCCUGUAUCCGGGAAAUGGUCUGAAUCAUUGGCCCCUGGCCCCGAUGCGGUCUCUUCUAGAGUGG